UCAGAUAUUACAAAAGUUUGCAUAUAAAUAAAAAUCCAGAAAGCAAGAUAAAAGCAUCAUGUGAAUAGAAUCUAUGUCAAAUUUCUUUUAUCAAAAUUAAUGAUUUCAUUAUGAGAAAUAUUCCAGUUUCAUGCUAUAUUGUUUGCUGCACAAGAAAAUUAUAAAAAUUAUUUUAUUUGUUAUUUUUCUUAAAUGCUAUUUAAAAAAUUAUGAAAAUGAAACUUGUGAUUUCAAUAUUAGCAAUUUUGACUUUCGUUAGUUUCACUGAAUGUAAACUUCCUAAUAUUAUAAUAAUGCUAAUGGAUGAUAUGGGAUGGGGUGAUCUUGGAGUUUUUGGAGAACCAAGUAAAGAGACUCCAAACUUAGAUCAAAUGGCUCUUGAAGGUACUGUGUUGACUGACUUUUACACAGCUAAUCCACUAUGCUCUCCAUCCCGUGCAGCUUUGCUAACAGGGAGACUUCCUAUAAGAAAUGGAUUCUACACAGACAAUGCUCAUGCUAGAAAUGCUUACACUCCACAAGAAAUAAUGGGUGGUAUCACUUCAGAAAUAUUGCUUCCAGAACUGUUAAAGAAAUCUGGAUAUUACAAUAAAAUUGUUGGGAAAUGGCACUUGGGUCAUCAAUUAAAAUACUUGCCGCUUCAACAUGGAUUUCAUGAAUGGUUUGGUUCAGCUAAUUGCCAUUUUGGACCUUAUGGUAAAAAUACUCCGAAUAUACCAGUAUUUGAAAAUAAUUCAAUGGUCGGAAGGUACUAUCAGGACUUUAAAAUUAAUAAAGGGACUGGAGAAUCGAAUUUCACUAGGAUACUUAUUCAAGAAGCAGUAAAUUUCAUUAAGAAAGCUGGUACAUCCUCGAAACCAUUCUUUUUAUAUUGGACCCCAGAUUCAACUCAUGCUCCCUGCUAUGCUUCUAAAGAGUUCUUAGGAAAGAGUAGAAGAGGAGUAUAUGGAGAUGCAGUGCAAGAAUUGGAUCAUGGAGUUGGUCAAAUUUUGGAAACUGUCCGCAAUCUUAAAAUUGAGAACAAUACAUUUGUCUUUUUUACUUCUGAUAAUGGAGCAGCUUUAGUCAGUCAAGUAAUGGCUGGUAGUAAUGGUCCAUUUUUAUGUGGAAAGCAAACAACAUUUGAAGGAGGGAUGAGAGAACCAGCCAUUGCUUGGUGGCCUGGUACAAUUCCAGCUGGUCAGGUAUCUCAUCAGGCAAGUACAGUUAUGGAUCUUUUUACAACAUCUUUGAAAAUAGCAUCGUUAGACAUUCCUAAAGAUAGAGUGGUUGAUGGAAUCGAUUUGAUGCCAGCUUUGGCUCAAGACAAAAACAAAGAAAGACCAAUCUUUUAUUAUCGAGGAAAUGAAUUAAUGGCUGUAAGGUAUGGUUUAUACAAAAGCCACUUUUGGUGUUGGACUAACUCUUAUGAAGAAUUCAAACAGGGGAUUGAUUUCUGUCCUGGCAUGGACUUAAAAGGUGUAACAAGUCAUGAACAGCUUAAUCAUACUGCUCAACCAAUAUUAUUUCAUCUUGGGAGAGACCCUGGUGAAAAGUAUCAAAUAAGUCCGAAAUCAAGUGAAUAUAAGGCUGCUAUGAAUGAGAUAAUGAGAGAAGUUGAAAUGCAUAAAAAGACGAUGAUAAAGGGUACACCACAGUUAAAUAUGUGUGAUCAAGCUGUAAUGCAUUGGUCCCCACCUGGAUGUAAAAUUCUUAAUGAUUGUUUGAAGCCUCCUGCAUCAAAACCUUAUAAAUGUGAUUGGCCUCACUAAUAUUGAGUUAGUAUUUUUGUUUACAAACUUGUUUAUAUGUUUUAUUUUUUAAAUAAAAUUUAAAAAUGUGGAA